AUGCUUGACGAGAAGUUAACCGCUAAUUGGAUCGCUCAGGUGUCCGAAGCUCUCAGUUAUUUGCAUAACAGUCUGUUUAUAGCUCAUCGAGACAUCAAACUCGAAAACAUACUACUGAACGAUCAAAACGAGGCCAAACUCAGUGACUUCGGGUUCGCCGUCAAGGCCUACGAUGAAGAGACGGAAACCAUUGAACUGAGCAAAACCUUCUGCGGCUCUAAACCAUAUCAAUGCCCACAGAUUAUCAAGAGAGUGAAGUACGACCCCUACAAAGCCGAUGCCUGGGCUAUGGGUGUUUUGAUCUUUGGGAUGCUUAACGACAGACUUCCGUUUCAUACGAACGACAAAAACCAAUUUUUUAACGAACAGAAAGAUCCAAAAUAUUUGGGAACGAGAUAUAAGAAAGAGUUUUGCGAACACAUUAAACAAUUGAUCGCUGGUUUGCUAACCGUUGAUGAGUCCAAGAGGUUUGAGAUCAACGAUAUCCUCAAAAGUGAUUGGAUUAAAAAGAAGGGCAAUUGCUGUCAAUAG